AUGUCGAACGGAGGAUCUUCAAUGGAUCAACAGACGGAGUUGAUGCAGAAGAUGCGUGAAGAGUUUCUACGUCAGUUUGACGUACUUCGUCAGGCAAACGAAGCAAGCGUGGCUCAGAUCGCCUUGCUUCAACAACAGAAUAACACUCUGCAAACGACGAUGGCUCAAUUGGCACCACCGCCACCAGUGGGUGACAUAGCAGCACCCUCUAAUCAGAAUAUUCCUCCGAUGACCGAGCUUCCACCUAAUGGGGCACGACCCAAUGAGGCUCAGCCGAAUGAGGUUCAGCAACAACGGAGGGCAAGAUUCGAGGCUGCGGCUUCAGACAACAUCCCUCGUCGCAUGCAGGAUGAGCAAGUCGAAUCUAGCCAUAAGCUCACGGUGUGGUCCAAUGGAAUCCCAGAUGGUGCAGGUGUUCAGGAUGCCUUUGAUGAGAAAAGACUCCUGAAAAUUCAGACACCUGCUGAGAUGGCUAGAGAACACAAAAAUUCCUUGGUCAAAACUCCUUUCACUGACGAUGUGUAUCUGGUUGAGAGGCCCAAGAAAUUUACCAUGCCUUCUUUCACCCAGUUUGAUGGAACGGGGGAUCCUUCUCGGCAACUAGAUCAUUACGCUCAAAAGAUGGCUUUGGAUGAUCGUAAUGACCCUUGGAUGUGCAGAGUUUUUCCUACCAGCUUGAUAGGAGCAGCACUAGAGUGGUUCAAGAAUAGACCGCAUAAGUCCAUCCCGGAUUACGUAACUCCGUGCACCAUGUUCCUGGCACAGUAUUGCGGAAAUAAGAAGCAAAAGAAGAGUAUUGCCAGCCUCUUCACCAUAAGGCAAAAGAAGGGGGAAACAUUGCAGGAUUUCUUAUCAAGAUUCAACAUGGAAGCCUUAGAAAUAGCAGAUUGUCACCCCGCAACUGCUAUAGAGACAUUUAAACUUGCGAUGAUUCAGGGGACGAAGUUUUACACUUCCUUGGUCAAAUAUUCUCCUCCCGACAUGCAGAAUCUCAAUACCAGGGCCAAGAUCUACAUUCGGCUCGAGGAAAAUAUAGCCCACCGAGCGCAGCACGCCACCCUCAUGACGGUGGAGAACAAGCCUCGAGAAAGAAUUCCAGCUUCAAAGAUUCAGAAAAGCCAACGUUCUUUAACGCCGAUCACCCAGGCACCUGAGAAGAGGCAAAGGGUAGAGGAAGGAUUUACACCUCUCCGAACUACCUUGGCUCGGUUCUUCCAAGAGAAGAAGAUGAAGUUCACAACUCCGCAACCAAUAAAACAACCCCUGGAGCAAAGGGACAAAAGCAAGCAUUGCGCUUAUCAUCGAGAUUAUGGGCAUUCAACCAAUGAUUGCAGAUCCUUUAGGCGACAGGUGGAGAAUAUGAUUGCCAGAGGUGAGUUGGCGGAUUACCUCAUGACAAAGGAGUAUGCAAAGCCCCGCGAGGUCUAUCCCCGCAAGGUGGAAGGUACGCAACUAAAAGUCAUUCAUGCAAUACAUGGCAGGUCUGAAGAUGAUCAAGAGUCCGAUGGGGUAUACGGAUUCAGAUUGAGGGCAGCCCACAAGCUCAGGAAGAUAUCCUCAGUCAAUGUUAUCGCUUCGGGUAGCAUCAGUAUUAGAUUCGAAGAUGGUGACCUAUCCAAAGUUCAACUCCCCUACGAGGAUCCAUUGGUCAUCAGUCUUUUAGUGGCUAAUUGUAUGAUCAAGAGGGUUUUGAUAGAUCCAGGAAGUAGUGCCAACAUUAUCAUAAAGACGGUAUUUGAGCAGCUAAAGAUCCCGUCAUCAUCUAUUCGACCUACCUCCAGCCCGUUAAUGGGAUUCGAUGGCACAAGAGUAGAUCCCCUGGGAGUAAUAGACUUGUCCGUAACUGCGGCGAAGAGGACUUUGAAGGAGAACUUUGUUUUAAUAGAGAUUCAUCUUUCUUAUAAUCUCAUCAUGGGAAGAGGCUGGAUACACCGGAUGAGAGGAGUUUCGUCCACUCUUCACCAGGUGAUGCGGUACUUAUCUCCGGACGGAAAAGAAGUGAUUAAUCUAUGA